AUGGCAAGCACACAAGACGAAUGUGUGGUACUCAGCUACGCCAAAUGGCUCCCAAUCUACGAUCGAGAGGUACCCUUUCAAAUUCUGAGCGACUUCUCGGGUGACUACAAGAGGACCAAUCUGGAAUUUGGUCCCGCACCAGUGGCAGAAACGAUCCACGACAUUCGCAACCUUGAGUCUACGUUCAAACUUGACAUUCAUGGUUUCCAGGUUUGUCGCCAAGAAACAUCUGUGCAGGACUGGACAGAUCGGCGGUCCAUAGAGACCCAGUACUACGAUGAAAUGGAGCAAAUGCUGAGGAGUGAGCUCGACGAUGUGGACGAAGUGUUCUUCUAUGACUGGAGACCCCGGAAGAAUGUGCCGUUCCAAAUCGAGGGUGUCACCAAAGUCGACCUCGACGACCUCAGCCAGUACCUGAUGCCAGUUGGCAAUGCUCAUAUUGUCAGGGACUGUCCUCUUGCCCUGUGCGACGGCAGAACGGUGGACGCCAAGGACCUCUUGCCAACCGAUCAUAUCAAGAAGGCCUACAUUGGUCAGACGAGCAAUCUAAUGUACCGCCCCGGCUAUUCCUGGCAUUAUCUCAGCAGUCAGACCCGCGAGGAGUGUAUCAUCUUCAAGAUGUUUGACUCGUUGAACGGCGUUACAAAGCCUGAGAGGAAUAACCAAGACUGCCCCCAUGUCGCGUUUCGUCAUCGUCAAAUACCGGCCGAUACACCACCUCGAGAGAGUUUUGAGAUCCGUGCCCUUGUCUUCACGUAUCCAGACCCGACAGUUAAGUCGUAG